ACCCCUCCCUAGAGCACAGCCACCAACUGCUCCCUUGUUCUAGUGUUGAGGAAAUGAUCUAAAGAUAUACUGCCAGAGCGAACAGUGUCGGGAGGCAAAGACAACAGCAGAUCGCCUCUCUCUCAGCUCUCAUGGCUCCAUUUCUGCUCCUGUUGUUCCUCCUGUCUGAAGCAGCUUCUGACCUGAUUGAGGUACCAGUGCACCAUGGAGAUGAUGUUAUUCUACCAUGUCGGACUGCUGAUCCCUCCAUCAGUGUUGUAAAGUGGACCAGACCUGACCUGGUGCCAGAUAUCGUCGUCUAUUACAGCGAUGGACACUUGACUCCAGAAGAACAGAAUCCAUCCUUUAAGGACAGGGUGGAGCUGGUGGACAGAUAUCUGAAGGACGGAGACACGUCUUUAAUUCUGAAGAAUGUGAGAAGCAUCGAUGCUGGAACGUACGAGUGUCGAGUUAAAACCAAUGAUACUGAGCCAAUCAGACUCAUCAGCACCGUCCGUCUGCAGGUUCCAGACCUACCUGUGGUAGUGCGCCCUGGAGAUGAUGUCAUUCUGCCAUGUCAGUCUGCUGAUCCCUCCAUCAGAGCUGUAAAGUGGAGCAGAGCUGACCUGAAGCACCCAGAGUACGUCCUCUUAAACAUUGAUGGACAAUUGAAUACAACCCACCAGAAUCCAUCCUUUAAGGGAAGAGUAGAACUGGUGUACAGAAAGCUGAAGAAUGGAGACGUGUCUUUAAUUCUGAAGAAUGUGAACAUAAACGACAAUGGAACAUAUGAGUGUCGUUUUGCAUCAGGUGGUCUCAGACGUAAAAAGAGAUCCAACAUUGACUCUGAGCCAAUCAGAAUCAUCCAUCUGCAGGUUAGAGACUCAGGUUAUAAGGAUGGAAACUCCUCUCCUGUAGGUCAAUACUUUGGACUGGCUGCAGUUUCAGUUGCAGCAGGUGUUGUGCUUCUUGCUGCAGUGGUUGGUGUCCUGAUAUACAGAAGACAUAAGAACAAGAGAUCAGGACAACCUGCUGCUGCUGAUAAUGAAGCAUCAGCAGAUAAGUUCAUCAACAACUCCCAGAGCUCUUAACACCUGACUGCUUUCUCAUGUGCUGUAUAUACAACAUGAUUAUCAUUACUGCUGUGGGUGGGAGGUCAUGUGCAGAUCUGCUAUUUGGUCUGUUUGCCCCCCAUCAUGGUGGUGGAUCUGAGUCUGGGAUCUGUAUCAUCUGGAGCUCUGAGAUCCUCUAGGGUCUCCAUGAUGAGUUGGUCCAGAGGAGGGUCAGACUGUGAGUUAACUUUACCUUUAGAGAACUAGAAAA